AUGUCGGCCAAGGACUGCGGCCACCACCACGAGGACCGGAAAAAGUUCCACCGCCGCCUCUUGGCCAUCAUCCUCGCGUUCAUCAUCCUCAUCCUCUUCAUCAUCCUCCUCGUCUGGCUCAUCUUGCGGCCAACAAAACCCCGUUUCAUCCUCCAAGACGCCACCGUCUAUGCCUUCAACGUCUCGACCCUAAACGCCAUCACUUCCAACAUCCAAAUCACCAUCUCUUCGCGAAACCCUAAUGACAGAAUCGGCAUAUACUAUGAUAGAGUCGAUGUAUACGCCUCGUACCAUGGCCAACAAAUAACCCUACCCACAUUGCUUCCCUCUACGUACCAAGGACACAAAGACAUCACAGUUUGGUCUCCAUUUCUGUAUGGCGAUGCAGUUCCCGUUGCACCAUUUCUGACCGUUGCUUUGAAUCAGGAUCAGCUAGCAGGAACGGUGUUGAUCGACAUUAGGAUUGCUGGACGUAUCAGAUGGAAAGUUGGCACUUUCAUUUCUGGGAGAUAUCACUUGUAUGUGAACUGUCCUGCUUACAUAAAUUUUGGUAAUAAAAACAGUGGCAUUGCUGUUGGAUCAGCUAUGAAAUAUCAACUGGUGAUGGAUUGCCAUGUUGAUGUUUGA